ACCCCAAAUGCGGUCGAUGACUGUUACCCCUUCAGUUAAUACUUUGUGUUGGUCAACAACGCAUCGAGGGUCGGAAACAUAUUGUAUAUCUACAAAUAUUAACCCAAAACCGUCAUCACCAUGUGCAACGCUCUCUGUGAAUGCCUCAAAUGUCCCGGCAAAGUGGUUUGCUGCUGCUGUUCCUGCGCCUGCAAGAUGCUGCUGAGCAUCGUGUUUUCCGCGCUUCUGAUGGUCGUGGUUAUCGGCCUGAUUGUCUACUUCACGGUCUUCUAUCACAAGGAUAAGAACACGGACGAAGUGCAGAAGCAGGUCGCCCAACUGGCGCCCAUUGUGAAGCGCAGCAUUCGCGACUACUUCAGCAAGGAAUACUGAUCUGCGGACUUGAAUUUAUACUAUAGGCCAUGUUAAUAAUAGCACCGUCGAAAUCAAAAUCGAAAUCGGAACGAACCAAUAACCAAAGCCGUUCAGUACAUGUCUUAAUCUAAUCGCGUCGGAUGCUCCUUAUGGGAUUUUUUCCUAUCUAUAGAUAGUUUGGGUCUCAAUUAAAUGGGCAAUUUUUGCGUUCUUUAAAAAUAUAGAUAACGUUGUCGCCCCGAAAAUGUGACUCACUGUAAGCUCGAAACUUAUUAAGGCAUUCACAAUAUAAGGCAGAAAUAAAAUUUGAUUGAAAAGGAUGGCACUCACUUCAUAAACAA